AUGUCGGAUCUGAAUGCAAACGAUAAUGAAAGAGAAGCAAACCCGAGUGCUUCCGAAGUACUACAAGCGGCUGCACAUCAAUUAAUUGAUGACCUUGUGCAGAAUCCCGCAGGUCGCCAGCGUAACUUCAAUGAAGGGGGUUGUACCGUGGAGCAAUUCAAUCGAAUGCACCCUCCUUUAUUUGAUGGGAGAGGCGAUCCAACUCUGGCAGAGGAUUGGAUUCAAGACAUUGAGGAGAUUUUGCGAGUCCUAACCUGUACCGAUGAGCAAAAGGUGGCGUACGCCACAUUCAAGCUUACUGGAGAAGCGGAGAGGUGGUGGAUCUCUGAGAGAACCAUCAGAGAAGCAGAGGGGACAGAGAUAAUCAGUCGGCUGCAUUCCAAGCAGAUCUUUCUUGAGCGCUUCUUCCCUAGCUCAUUCCGUGAGGACAAGGCUAUGGAAUUUGCCACCUUGGUUCAGGGAACAAUGACUGUACAUCAGUAUGCUGCUAGGUUUACUGAGUUAUCCUGUUUUGCUACUUAUCUGAUUCCCGAAGAGGAAAAGAAGGCACACAAAUUUGAGCAAGGACUGAAUGAGAAACUGUAUGAGCGUGUGGUGGGUUUUUAG